GUCUGUCCGCUAUCGUGCUGUCAACAAGCACUUGGGGAUUUGCAAGAAAGGGUCUUCUUAAAUUGUGCCAUCGACUAAGAAAAUUCGCCGGUGCUCGCUUCUUAUCUGCGUGAGAGGAUAAUUAUGAUGAAAAGCGUGUAACUAAUUUGAAUCCUAAAAAUCAUUCCAAAUUAGUUUUGGAACAGUGGAUGAGUUGAGUUGCACAUUCAGUGCUGCAGACGAUAUUUUUUAUUUAGAUAUGUGGUGUUCUUAUAGCAAUAUUGUGGAGUUUGCGUAGAAUUCCGGCCAAAGCAUGGACUACACAUUGCUAAAACGUAUAUUAUUUAAAGAAUAUAAUAUUUAUAUUGUGUGUGGACUAGUUAUAGGAUUACUAUGUGUGCAAGCAGAUUCUGCAAGGAGUCUGUGCAACCAAAAGACUCAAUUUCCGUGUCGAACGACGCCACAUAUAUGUAUAAAAUUAUCUCAGGUACGUGACGGAAGGCUGGACUGUCCGGAUGGCUCAGAUGAAGAAUGUCCGGACAACAUGCAUAGAUGUAUGUGUGGUAUUCCCAAGUGCAUUAAAAAGAAUAAAGUUGGAGACGGCAUAAGAGAUUGCCAGGACGGUUCUGACGAAGGUGAGAAUGGGUUCAAUUUUUUGUGCCCAGAAACCUACGGUGACGACGAUCCGUUUUCGAUCGAAGUUAAGAAAAGAAGAAGGAGAGGUAUUGGACUAAGAAAUGAUCCGAUUGUUUAUCCUUCAGGCAUCAUAUCUGCUUUCAUAGGAACUGAAGUAAAUGGGGAUCAAACAACGUAUCAUACGACGCAACUGUAUCGAACUUACAUUGACGGAACUUAUACCGAAUUGCUACAGUCAACAUCGGCCAUAAGUCCAACUGCUACAGGGGAGAACGUAUCAGGAAUGGAAGCAACUGCACAUAUUCAUCGUUUUGGAUCCCUACAUUCUGGAACGGUAUAUCUUACUGCUGUGAAUGAACCCAUUUCAAGUUUAAGUUCUUCUAUGGUUGAAACAGAUGCUCCCAUUGAAGUUUCUGGAACAUUCAUACCUCCAACUGGAGACAUGAAGACGAAGCAUUUUGGAUUGGAUAUCUCAGCUAGAACAAUCGGAACUAUAUUCCCUGACAAAACUCAAACUUCAAUAAUUGUUGUUACAGGAACGGAAGGAGUCUUUGUUCAUAAAGAUAGAACAUCCGAGGUAACUUAUCCCAUGUAUACGGGAUCUUACGUGAGUGGCUUAGAGGAUCCAACCACCUAUAAAUUCUUCUUCGGAAACCAACCACUAACAUCCGAUGUCCGGGUUAUACUUCCGACAAAAUCAUUUAACAUGAUGAAUUCUAUCGAAUAUUCGACAGAGGACAGUAAUUUAUUUGAACCUUUUUUACGAAGAAAUGAUUUCGAUAUCGAUGAAGAUUUUGAAGAAGAUAAUAUUGCGAUUGAAGCAAUGCCAGAACCGCAAUAUAUAACUUCUGAGUACUCGAGUAAAUUGUAUGCAUCAAUACCAACACUCAUACCUGAAAUGAAACCACUUGCUAUCACUCGUUAUGUACAGCCAUCAACGAACGGUGAAGUCACAAAACCAGUAUUGGCAAUGGUUGGAGAGAAUACGGUUGGAGUUAUUGGAAAUGUUCGACAACCUCAGACUGGACACACGCUGAGAGGGCAUCAGGGAUAUUCAAGGCAGGGAAGAAUGCUCAAUCCAACUCCAUCUGGGAGAAGGGUUGGACAAGGAGGAGCCACCAUAAUAACGGACCAAUUUUUCUUUCCUGGUCAUAGAGUAGAAACAUCUGUGGUUGGUGAUGUAUCAAAUGCCUACAAUAAAGACCUGAAUAAUGCCUACUACAAUGUAAAUAACAAUCUUAAUGAUCAGUUGAGAAAAUUUGUCAGACCAAGUGUGGUAAAAGACAAAAGACUCACGAGGACUGUUGGCCUUUAUGGGCCUAUUUACGAAGUUGAUGAUUUAAAGAACGGUGUAAGUUCAACAACAACGAAUGAUGAAUCUGAAGCAAUUGAACUGAAAUCUUCGGCAGACGAAACGGGCGAAGACUUCACAACAACAUUAUAUGGAUUUGCUGAAUUCAGUACUCGAAUAUCUGGAACACAUUACGUAUUUUUACCAGCUUCAACCCGACCACGCACGUUUACACCUCGUGUAACUAGGACAAGUUUUACAAAUGGUUUAUCAGCACAUUCACGCUCUCAGAGUUCGGACGUCUCAGAUAAUCAUCCAGAUGCUUUUUUCCGUGAGCCGCUAUUUGGAACGGACACUAGAGAAUUCAUAUCACAAAAAUCCAUGUUUACUUCGACGGUGAAUGAACCCAUAGAGAUUAAAAAAACCAUGUUAACAUCGACAGUCAUGACAAAACAAUAUUCGGAUGAUCAACUUAAAGCCAGAAAAAUUGACGAAACGCCUGCCACCGUUGUUGCCGAAACAUGGCCUUUAAAUUUGGAGACUGUUUAUACUGAUGCAAAUGGGAGAAUUGCAAGUGAAAAAGAUAUUUUAAUAAAUCUUCAACCUCUAAGUAAGAAUACAUUAAUGUCAGAAAAUUCUCUUGAACUAGAUGUAAGCGAAGUAGUUGAUAAUUCUGCACCACUUGAAGAAACUGAUGCAUCACUACAUCCAACUGGUUUAGUUAGCUCUAUCACCGGAACUGAAGUAGUUGAUGGAACAACAACUCAUUGGAAAACUUUGAUUUAUGGUACAUAUAUUGAUGACACAUAUGCACACAUUAUUGAAAGCACUUCAAGCAUUUUCUUUACUGUAUCAAAAACUGCGAGUCCUGAAGAAACGUUGGCAAUGGAAACUGUAAUAAGCUAUAACAAUGAAAGAAGUGAGGACUUAAACGAGGAUUCAAAUACCGAUUCCUCUGAAAAAGAAGUCAAAAUAUUUUCCUCAUUAACAGACAUAUCAUCUAAAGGAGAAACACCAUCUAAGGACACUUCAGGUUUCUCUUCUUCCGCUACACCUAGUUUAGAAAUUUUAACUUCAGGUUUUAUAUUACCUGGCAACAAACAAAGUACGGAAAGUGCUUCAGUCAUUGGCUCUGUCCCAGAUUCUUCUUUCAUUCCAUCACUAGUAACAUCAACAAAUUCUCCUUAUGUUACACCUGAAGUAGUGUAUGAAGAAAGUUUAUCUUCAGCAUUGUCAGAAACUAUAACUUCUGAUUCUGAUGUUGGACAUAUUCUUACAGACAGUUUUUUUCUACCAAUGGCUGUCGAAAUAGCUCCAUCUAAAAUAAACAACAAUGAUGAGGAAAUGAAAACUGAGGAUACUGUUUCAACAGAGGAAAACAGAGCCAGAAAUUUGAGGAUCGAUGAUUUAGAUAAACAAAUUCUUGGAAUUACAAGUUCUCCUCGUGAUUCAUAUAGCUCAGUAGAUAAAUCAUCAAGCCAAGUCUCAAAAGAUAUCUCUGAUUCCACUAGUAGUCUGGAAAAUAGUGUAGCAGAGAAAAGUGAACCGGUUUCUCCGUCAGUUGUUUUGUUGACAGGAAAUUUUUUUCUGCCUGGAAUGUCAAGUGAAGAAGUUUCUAAUCACAAAGAAGAAAUGACAGAUGCAAUUUCAGACAGUUCACCAGAUAAUCUUAAAAUGUCGGAUAUGAAAUCCAUCUCUGAAACUCCAAGCAUAAUCACAGAUGGUUUUAUUCUACCUGCAGCUGAGCCUCCAUCAUCCGAUUCUCCAUCUCUGUCUACAGUACAAGCUUUACCAUCUUCAGCGUUGUUAAUAGCAGAAGAAUCUAAAGACGAAAACAAUUUUGAAAAUGAAGCUCGAAGUGCUGGGGAAGAAAAUAAAAUCAUUAUACUUGACAAUGAAAUAAAACCUACUUCUAUUUCAUUAAAUGACGAUGUUGAUAAAGUGGUAUUAAAAGAAGGAAUUAGUUCUGAGCGUUCGGGGAAAGCUUUGAGCGUCUCUAUGGAAGAAAUUCUACCAUCAGUAUCAUUCCCAAUCACAUAUUUCACAACUUCAACAUAUUUUACAACUUACCAUUCCGGUGGUAGUACAAUAGUAUCCAGCAGGAAAGAAACUGUUUCAAAUGUCUAUACUGAUAGUGAGGAGCUUAAAUCAGCUAGACUUAGUACUACUGUUGAAGUCGUCGAUAAAUCUCACACUAUUUCACCCACUAGUACUUUAAAUCCAAACGAUGAUUUAACUACCUUCACAUAUUAUACAACAUUUUAUAAAGAUGGAUCAAAAGUAGUGUCUUCAAGAGAAGAGACAAGUAGUGAUGAUUUUAAUGACGUAUCAACAAAUCCCGAAAUCAAAUCUUCUUAUUCCAUUUUGACAUAUCCAACGACAUACUACACAACUUUGACUUAUUUUACAACACUUAUACAAGACAGUUCUACAAAAAUUAUUACUAGUGAAGCAAUAGUAUCUAAUGUUGUCACCCCAUCCAUAGAUAAUGAUUUGAAGACUCACUCAGUUCAUGAAACUGAACUUCCAAUAUCUGUCACUGAAACUGGAGCGCUUCCAACAACUUACUUUACAACAUAUACUUACUACACUACAUUUCAUAAAGAUGGUACUACAUCAGUAAGUACUACAUUUAAGACAGUUUCAAGCGUUUUACGGGGAAGUGAUGAUUCCAUUCAGAGUACUCCUGUCAAACUAGAAGAGCGAACAGAUGUAGUUAGCACUUCUGACGAUUUAAGGCCUACAACGUAUUUCACAACGUUUACAUAUUAUACAACAUUCUUGCAUGACGGCACGCAAGUUGUUUCUAGUCGAGAAGAAGUAGUUUCUAGUAUCACCAGUUUAGAAGCAACUAAACAAAUCGAUAAUGAUACAAGCAGCGUAACCGUUUCUCCAGAUAUUCAAAAAACUACAUUUUAUACAACUUACACAUAUUAUACAACUCUUCUUAAAAGUGGAACAACAUCGGUAGUCACCAGAAAAGACACUAUUUCAAAUGUUUUGGAUGGAAAUAUCAGGACUUCUAUAUCAGCUACGGUUGCUCCAACAACUAUUUCCUCAGCAGAUAUAAAAGCUACACCGAUAGUUAAAACACAUUAUACAACAUAUACGUAUUAUACAACAUAUCUUCGUGAUGGCAGUUCAGUAAUUUCCACAAGAGAGGACACUCUAACUAAUUUUGUAACUGAGAGUCCUUUAGUGAGUAAAACUAGUAUAAUAACUCCAACCAGAAGUUUCACUACGUAUUAUACUACUCUUACAUCAUAUUAUACAUUAUAUAAUGGUGGAACCCCUUCAGUAAACACAGUAUUCAGAACUUUAACGGAUGUAGUUGCUUUAUCAAGUUCUUCCUAUUCUCCUUCUCAUUCAACACCUGAACUCACAACUUAUUACAAAACUCAUACUUUUACUACGACCCUGGAAGACUCUCCAACACCUGUUGUAUCUGAAAGAAAGCAAAUUACAAGCAGAGUUGUAACUCUGGGUGGAACCAAAGAACCAAUCACGAUUGCACAUGCUGUUACUGCCUUUAGAUCACACGAUUCGCCUGAUAUUCAACCGACAUCUGUUUUAACAAAGACUUUCUAUACGACGUACACGUACUUAACAACUUAUCUUUAUCGAGGACAACCAUCUGUUUCAACGAGAUUCGAAACUUCAACAAAUUAUGCAACAGAAACUAUCGCACUGAAUAAGGAGAAUUCUCAAAUCUUCCCGAGCUCUACUGAGUCUCCAAUUUCUGUUUCCAAUACAAUAUCUACAAAUUUACCAUCUGAAAGUAAUUCUGUGAAAGAAUCUACGUAUCAUACUGUUUCAGAAAACACCGAUCCACUGCCGCUCGACAUUGUCGAACCAAUAACCACCGUUCCAUCCUCCAAUACAUUACCUCUUGAAUUGCACACGGUUUACACAACAUUUACUUAUUAUACUACAUUAAUUACAAAUGGAUCACCGACCAUUAACACCCGUUAUGAGACAUCAACAAAUGUUGCGGCAAUUAGCGCAUCGUCAUCUAAUGUAGAAAUACCAAACAAAGCAACUUCGGAUUUGGAUGCAGCUGAGGGAGGUUUUCAUGAAAGUAGAGUCCACCCAACUCCAGUUGUAACUUAUUUCACGACACACACUUACAUUGCAACAUCAAUAAACCCUGAGGGAGAAACUAAAUAUGUAACAAGAGAAGUUGUAGCUUCUGCAACUGUUGAACCAAAAUUAGAAUCUGAAGUUUCUGAAACGUCAACCUUGCCUUGUUGCGCACAUACAACUCAAUACCCAUAUACAUUUUAUACUACCUACACAUACUAUACAACAAGAUUUCAUGGAGACCGUCCAAUAAUAAACACGAGGUAUGAAACAAUAACGAAUGUUAUUAAAGCACCACCAAACAGUGACGAACGUGAAACAACAAGUUUCAAUUCAAUUGGGGAUCGUAUUACACCGACAACAAUUCACUCCAGUGUCUUAAAAACAAGUGCACCUUCCCCAACAGCCUUGUUCAAUCCCGGUUCAAUCCCAAACAAAAUCGAUAAUGAGAGUUUAAAAUUAGAAAUCAAGGAAAUAGAGGCUGUUAACUCUGAAGAAAUAAAUAACUUAUCUAUAAAUAACUCAUCAGAAAGAAAUAAUAUUGGCAAUGAAAUCUUAGAUAAAAAUCGACAAACUGUAACUACCGAAAAAAUCAGCACAGAAUUUCCUGCGGAUUCAGUGACUGUUGAAACAAGUUCUCUUUCAUCUGGAGAAGAAAGUUCAACCUCAACAGAAGACACACUAGAUAAUACUCAUAGUAGUACAGAAGAAGCUAGAAAUAGCUCAAAGAUUAUUGAAAAUGCUACACUCUCAUCCAGUGAUGAAACCUCGACAACCAUCAUUAGUACAACAGAAUCACCAAAAAAAAGCAUUUUUGCUCGACGACGAAAUAGACCCACUUACAAACCAAGACCAUCGUUUCGCUCUUCAACGUCUCUGACAACAACAACUACAACAGCCAGAACUACACAAAGAGGAAGAGUAACAGCGAGAACAACAACAACAAGAAGUCCGAUCGCAGUUGUCCGACGUAAUACCAGCCGAGUAUUAUUUCGUAGACCUAGUCCUCGACCAAAUCCUCUGCAACGUCUUAGGCCUUUAAGAACAACUCAAGAACCCUCUACUGACAGUGACCCUGACAAUUCGUCAAUUAAUAGGCGUAAAAGAUCAUUUUUCGACGCUAAUGAGGCUUCUGAACCUAAACCAAGGUUCAGAAAAUUGCUAUCAACUAAUGAUGACAUAACUAACGACGAAAUUUCUAGAAAUAACGAUUUAAUUUCUGGAGGAAACUCUUUGACGUUGGAUAAAAAGAAUGAUGAAACCGAAGGUUUUAAAAUAGGCUUGUUAAGAUCAAUGGAUUCAAAAGUGAUCAACAAUGGUGUUGUAACAGUCUAUGGUACAGAAAUACAUGGCACAUUUGUAAAUGGCGUUUAUGCUCAGGUGGUUCAUAGCAAAGUUAGCGUUUACUCUGAAGCACCAAAUGAAAUUGAAAAAACGCCUUUAAUUUCAUCGGCCACAGUAUCACCUAAUAAGUUGAGCACAUCAGAGGCGAAAAAAGUUGGAUUGGUCUCUUCAAGAAUAAGUACGGCAAUCAAAGACGGAAUAACUACUGUAUAUACAACUAAUACUUAUGGAACAUACAUAGGAGAGGUUUAUGCCCAUUUAGCACAAACUACAUCUAGUAUUAUCAAGCCAACACCAUCCUCACAAAUUGCGCAUCCAACAGGCUUGAUAUCAUCCAUUUUACGAACAGAAGAAAACUAUGGCACAACAACUUUGUGGACAACUCAGAUUUAUGGCACAUUUGUAAAUAAUUACUAUGCACAUAUAGCAUCAACAAUGUCAAAUACAUUUGUUGGUGGAGAAAAUACACAAGCUACACCAAUGCCACCGCAAUUCCAAAAUCAGGUUUUCACGACAUCAUUGCCUAAUUCUAAGACAGAUUAUCCGACAGGUAGGUCUGUCGAUGAAUUCAAAGGUUACAAAACUGGCUUACUAUCCUCGAUUGUUUCUAUAGAUGAGAAUGAUGGUACAACUACUCAAUAUAUAACUAAUAUUUUCGGAACUUAUAUUGGGGAACAUUUCGCAAAACACGCUAAGACAACAUCAAAAAUUAUAGCUCCCACAACAACUGAAAGUGCUACAAGAUCCAUUGGACUCUUAUCAACUAUAGUUAGCAGUGUUGUUAAUCAAAAUACAGCAACUAUAUACAAAACUGAAAUUCUAGGUACCUAUAUCGGACAACAUUAUGCACAACUUGCUCGUACUUCAACCGAGUAUAAAAUUAUACCUUCGACACCGGCUUUACAGAGUUAUUCGGUAGAAAUGAGCCAAAAAACUGGGCUAAUUUCUUCAAGUGUCGUCAGAAGUGAGGUAAAUUUGGGCACAACAACAAUGCAUAUAAAUGAAAUUUAUGGCACAUAUAUUGGAAAUGACUAUGCACAUAUAGCUAAAUCCACUUCAAAGGUAAUAAAACCAACUGAAAACAAAAUUCAUUCAACAGCAACGUCAGAAAAUCUUCAAAAGACGGGACUCAUUUCAUCUAGCGUAAAAACUGAAGUGAAUGAGGGAACAACAACUUUGCAUAUUUCUGAGGUACAUGGAACAUUUGUGGGCAACUAUUAUGCACACGUAGCAAGGAGAACAUCUACAGUACUCCCAUUUACACCAUCUGCAACUAAAACAACUGACUUAGCCGUUCCAUUUUCAACAAACAUCAACAAUGAAGGUUUGAUAUCAUCAGAUAUUCGUACAGAAGAAAAUCAAGGUACUACCACCUUACAUACUAGAGAGGUUUAUGGUACUUAUAUUAACGGCUUUUAUGCUCAUGUAGCUCGUAGUACUUCUAAUAUUUUAUCACCUACUUCUACAUCUGCGUUGAAAACAGGGUUAGUUUCUGCCAUUACAAGUAGUGAAAUAAAUUACGGGACAUUAACUUUACACACAACAGAAAUUUAUGGAACUCGGAUUAAUGGAUUUUAUGCUCAUGUCGCCCGCAGCACUUCAAAUAUAGUGACCAACACACCAACUCCGAUUCUACCAACUGAAGUUACAGGGGUGAUAUCUGCCACAACAUCUACAGAAUUAAAUUACGGUAUUACUACUCUGCAUGAAAUUACAGUGAUUGGAAAGGAAACAGAUGGUAGUUAUAUUCAGUCAAUAAAGAGAACUUCAACCGUUCUUCCUGUCAUAUUUGCAGAAACAGUAUCGCCACUAGUGUUAGAACAUACCAAUUUUGUGUCAUACACUGAUUCAAAAUUUUUGAAUUUAGGAUCAGCCAAGGAUGAUUUGAACACGGGAAUAGUGAAUGAAUUGGAUAAUGGACAUCAAUACGUAUCACUAACAGAGGACGGUGAUUUAGGAAUAAAAUCGUCCAUCAGUUUACCAGAAUUAGAUUUAGUUAGUUCUAUAAAGCUCGAGUCAACAUCAGAUCUAAUUUCAAAUCAAAUAAACACUACUCUUUCUAUGCUCACUAUACCAUCUACUUUAGUUGAAUCUCGUGAAGUUUUAACACCCGGAGAAAUUCCUACAAAAAGUAAAACAAUUAAAACAUCACCAAUAACAGAGACUAAUUGGAAAGAAUCUACUCUUCAAACAAAACAUCCAGAAAAAUCGUCAACGCUUGCACCUGAUGAAUACGAAGAGUACAAUGAAUACGUAGAAAAUAAAGCGUAUAAAGACUCUGUUACUCAAAAGCCAAAUUCCGUAACAGAAGAAAAAAGCAAAACCCCACCAAUAUCUUCUUCUAGAAACACUGAUUUAAGUGAAGAGUAUGAUGACUAUGGAUUUGAGGAUGAUUAUGAUAAUUUUGGAGACAGAAAAGCAAACAAAAAAGUAACUCCAAGUCUAUCUUCUACAAGAUUUAAAAAUACCAGACAGUCUAAAAGCAAAACUUCCUCGUAUGGCUAUAAAGAUUACAAUGAUUAUGACGAUUAUGAAUUCGACGAUAAUGACGAAGCAUCUAGUAAAUCGUCAAGAAGCACAGACACUUCAAAAGAAACACCUUCUUCCUCUGUUAGGAUCAGACCGUUUGCUGGUCGAGGACGUCCUACAUUUACAACAACAUCGAGACCUUCCACAAGACCAGCAUACACCAUCCAGUUUAGACGGCCUAGUAGAACACGAAAUUCUAGAGCAUUUGGGCAAAGAUCUGACAGCGAGAAUGAUUUUGAUGAUGACUUAAACGAAGAUGAAGAAGAAGGGGACAUCGAAGCAAGUGAAGCUGUUGUAACAACUGCAACUCCACAAGUGCUCUCUUUUAAUAGGAGAAAACCAUUCGGAUCCAACAGACAGCAAUCAUCUGGUAGGAAUUCAGCGCCAUCUACUACAUCACGUCCAGUUGCCCUUUCUAGGAACCGGCGACCGUUCGGGAGAUCAUCGACAACAAGCCCAUCUCCUACGCCGUCAUUAAAAGAAAUUGAUCCAGAUUAUGAGGAAAACACAACUGAAGAUGAUGAUUUUGAUGAUUACGAAGAUAUAAAUGAGAAAAAAGAAGCCAAUAGAAAUCGAAAUUUCCGAUCAAGCCGGAGACCUUCUUCAAGAACUAAUCGAUACGGAGAAAGAAGGAGCGCGUCGAAUAAAAGAGGUUCCUUCCGCCAUCGUGAAGAUGAAGAAACUGAAAACGAUGAUUUUGAUGCAACUACACCGAACUACAGAAAUUCUAGGAACAGAAUAAAUCAAAGAAAACCAUCUCGUGGUCGACAUAACCGAAACAAUUCUCCCUCAUUAAAGGCAUCAUUUAAUUCUGUCAAUAGAGAUGAAGAGGAAGAUUCUCAAUCGCUCCAGCCUUUGAAUCGUCUAAGAAACAAUAAUCGUAAUCGAAGACCAUCUUAUAACCCAAGAACUCGACGACCAUCUAAAACAGCGAGUGAGACUGAAACUUUACGAAAACCAUUCCUUACUGUAACUUCAGUUGUCACAACAGUUAAAACUUUGCCCAUUUAUCAUGGAUUUAGAACUUCUUACGCAACAUUAACGACAACAGCUUUAGAUACAAGCGUUAUUAAUCCUACUCAAUAUUCUGAAGUAAUAAGCGAUGGCUUUACAAAAACUUUAUUUUAUUCAAGAACUGGAUAUCCUGAUGGCGUAGAAAAUCUCCACACAACAAUUACUGAAGUAAUUGUUACCACUACUUCAUUAGAGUCCGUCAAGUUAGUUCCUAUAAAAAUUGGUUACAGUACUAGAACCGACACAAUAACUGAUAUACAGGUACUCACUACACUCUCGACAUUAUAUAGCACUAUAACACCAGAAGCACCAUUGCCUACAGCAUUUCCUCAACAAUUUCAACCAAACUUUUAUCCACAAAUCGGUCCUCCAAAUCCAGAUUAUGGACUAGUAGCAUCAGCGAAUUCUUUCAUAACUACUCAAAUCGUUACUUCAACAACAGUUGUACCAAUAAUACUAAGAGGAAGAACUAUUCUUAGUACAUUAACUACAACUUCUACAGCUGAAUCAACUGUUGUGCAAACCGUACAUCUUCCACCGUCAGCUCCUAAUUUCAUUCCUCAGCCAUACUUUGCAUUUCAACCAUUGACAACAUUAAUAACGCUUUAUGUUACUGGAGAAUACGGAGAAUUAAAACCAGUAGUUACAACUGUAACUGUUCCUUUGUAUCAACAACCAGUUUUCCAUACAAAGGUUGCUCGAAGUUUACAAAAUGUCCCCUCUGAUCAAACAUUAAAUACAGCAGAUAUUGCAGACAUAAAUUUAAUGUCCUCAAUCAGUCGAAGCAACUCAAAGGAUGAAGAGAUUGAUACUCAUUAUGAUCAGUUGCUAAGUUCAGGGCUUGAAGAAAUAAAUGAUUUAUCAGAAGUAAACAAUGCUAACAUGCAGACUGAUCCUUUAGAUAGCACUAGAUUUUCUAAGAUACCGAAUGCGGUCACUUCAUAUGACGUGACAACUAUUUCAAAGGGUCCUUUAACUGAAAUUUAUGAGCAAAAAGUUACAAUUAACUUGAACCCUGAUGAAGAAAGAGGAAUCACAGAAGGAUAUCAAAAGAGUAAAGACAUGUAUGGUUUAGAAUCUAGUUACAGUUUUCGAAAAUUGCAGCAGUUUGUGGAAAAUGAACCAUUAGAUUAUUAUGAAACUCCUACGAGUUUUAGGCCUCAGCGAGACUUUACAAGGUUGCGAAGACCACCUGCUGGAGUAAUUCUUGCUACAGCUGCAAAUCCUGAUACAAUAACCCAGCCAUAUACACAGAGUAUUCCAGUUAGAAAUCGAGGUCAACAAUUACCUCCAAGUAGAAGACCGCCAACUGAAACUACUAAUGACGAAUUUUUAAAUAGUAAUCCCAGGACGAAUUUUCGAGAAACAUACGCCAGGGGGCCUUUGCGUCAACCUGACAACAAUUUUAGACCUUUCUUGGCAAGACCAGUGCCAUCGAACUCAGACAACGAACUAAUAAAUAUCAGAAAUACAUAUUCACCAGUACAACCAACUAGACCAUCUCCACCAGUGGAAGAACUAGUAAGAAUUCGUUAUGCCAAUGAGUCUCCGAUAAAUUCAAAUACUAAUGCAUUAAAUAGAUUCGAGGGUUCAUCUCCUGAUGAAGAAAGUUUUGAUGGCUUCCGUCCUAUCUCAGACCCACGUGAAUUGAGAAGAGGACCGGGACCAGCUGUUGAGGAUGAUGCUUCACAACCGGAUUCGGGGUACAGACCACGAAGACUAAGAAUCACAAGACCAGCUAAUAGCUUAAUUGUUCCCAGCAGUGGCGUUAGACGAAUUACAAGAUUAAGAACGACAACUUCUGUACCAUCUGUUGUAAAUGAAGAAGUAUCAAUUACUCCAACUCUUAGUUAUAGUGGGGAAGAAGCUCGCAAUAAAAUUUCAUCAAGAGAACCAGAAACUGCAUCAGAGGACGCAGAGAAUAAUAAUGAGGAUUCCUCUACGUCAGAUGAAACAAGUGUCGAAGCGGACGAGAAUGGAAGCAAAAGAACAAUUAUUAGAAGGUUAAGACCAUCAUUUGUACCUGGAGAUGGUAGUGGGCCAAGACGGCCUGUUGUCAUUCGACGAACAAAACUUAGUGAGCAGAUAAGUUCGUCAAUUCCUCCUACUCACUUAGAUUCUUCAAUUUCAGUAACUCCAGUAGAAUCAAGUGAUGUUACUACUCAAAUCAGCUCGUCAAAUCCUUACAGUACGGAUGAAGACGAUGAAGAAUCAAAUGAGUUCUCGAAGCCACCGUUGAAAAAAAUUGUUCGACUGAGAAAACCUGAAAACAAUGAACCUACGACUUCUGGACAAAGAAGACGUGUUGUAAUUAGCAGAAAACCUUCAGAAGCUAGUGUUGCUGUUCCUAACACUUUACAAGGAAGAGGGCCAAUUUCGCCAUCCGAUGAAGUCGAAAACAAAAGAAUUAAUUCCGAUAGUAAUCACAUAAUGUCUGGCAAAGAUCGCAAUUUAGAUGACUUUAAUGGAAUAGCUGAAGAUUUAAAUGAUUCAAAAGAAUCUUUAGACAACGCUCUUUCAUUAUAUGCAACAAAACCCUUACCAUUAACUUAUUACACCACAUUGACUUAUUUCACUACCUUCCUUCAUGGACCAAAUAAAAAUUACGUUAGUAGAGAAGCUGUUUUUUCAAAUAUUAUAGAUCAAACCUUAAAUCCCAGCCUUAUAAAUGCAAUCAAAUCUAAAAAUGGCGUUCUUUCGACGACAGGAGGUGACGGACUUUUGCACUUGGCUUCUAGGACGCUAGGUGAUACGACUACAAUAGUGAAUUUGGCAUCAAAACAAAAUGUGUACAAUAGUGAUAUAUUCCAAUUAGUGACUGAUUUACCAGUACGCGAGAGUCCUAGUUCUUCAAUUUAUCAACCUUUUAUUACUGCGUCAGCAAUCGUAGAAGGUAGUAACAAUUUACAGAGCACUUAUAUUAGUGAUUUAGCUUCACUUCCUAAAACAUAUUUAACGUUAUUUACUUAUUCAUACACAUUCUAUGACGGAACAAAUACGCGGCAAUCAACUAGGGCAGAAACUAUGACUAAAUUAGUUGCAGAUCCUAGCCAGUUCUUAACAGAAAAUAUUGAUUCUACUAUUAAUAGUAAUGGAGUUUUAUCUAUACUACCGGGAAGUAGAACAGUUCACCUUGGGUCUAGAGAAGUAGAAGGUACUACCACUGAAGUUAAUCUCGGUCUCAGAACAUGGAUAAAGUUUGAUGGUUUAAAAAACAUUGCAAUUGCUAGAACACGGUCUCAGACCCUAGAUUAUAUUACACCUACAAGAACCAUCCUAGUAGAAAAUUUUAAUACAGCAGCCCCAAGCUUAGAAACCCCAUUUUCAAACGCACCAAUUGAUCCAUCGUACUCUAUUGAUAAUGAGUUAUACGAUUCAAGACAAAUAAAUGUUCCGGUUGAAACAAAACCCUUGCAUCCAAGUGAAUUUACCGAUGCACCAAAUGUUGGAGAUUUGCCAAAAUCAGUUGUAAAAGUUACAUCUGUAAUUCACAAACCUGGUGGUCCCCUAAGAAGUGGUGUAUAUGUACCAAGACCAGGAGUUCGUGUCAGAGUCAAACCUGUUGUAUCACGCCGCUUAGUGCCUAGUGAUUUAGCGUCGUCCUUUGACUUUUCCUUUGAUGUCAAUGAAUUAGCAACUGAGUAUCCUGAAUCGUAUUUAUCAUCUCCUCAAUACAUUCCACCUGGUUUAGACAUAGGAUCCAUUCGAACUCCUGUGCUAGAUGAUACUUACGUAACAACAGUAUUCCCAUCUGAUUCUCUUGGAAAUGAAGUUGCUACAGAAGAUUAUGAGGAGAUGGAAGAAGUAACUUCUUCGGACGGAACAGUGGUACCCACUAGAAAGAAACUCAAAGUUACAGUUAGACGUCAGAGUGAAAGUAUCAGCAGAACUCAUACUAGAUUUGUACUGCCUUCAAGAUUUGAAAUAACAAGCAGACCAAGAUUCUAUGUGGUAACUCGUACGGGAGCACUCGGAGUUGUUUCAAACACACAGCGACCAUUCACUGUCAAAAUAAGUCGAAAAGUGAAACCUUCCGCAACCGAAUUUGAAGGAAUACUGCCAUCUACUACGGUAAUAUAUGACACUUACACAACUCUGACAUCAGUACCUGUCAUAUUUGGCUUGGACACCAGUUAUAGAAACGUCAUACUGACCACUUCAUCUCCAAUUACUGUUUCAUUUGUACCGACAACAGCCUAUGAAUCAAAUGUACCAUUAGUACCAUCUACAGUUGUUUAUACUUACUUUACCACAACAACGUUUACCAUUCCUUAUAUAGAUGGAGAUGAGACUGUAUUUACAACAUUAGAAGAAACCAACUCAAGAAUAGUGACUACAACCCUUGAUGGAAUAGAUACUCUUUCAUAUUCUACUGUAACAAGAACACCGCCAGUUGAUGACGUAGUCUCAAUACUUCCUAUCACAAGCGUAGAGUUUGGAUUUGAUGGGCCUACCACCCAUACUCUAGCACCUGUUCCUUAUGUUCCAACUUACAAGAAUGUACCACCUGAAAUAGCUAUUUCUCCAACGACUACAGUGUAUGAAACGAAAACUUUCUACACGACAUACACCUUCUUUUCAACAUUCUUAGCUGGAACUGAACCAAUCGUUACCAGUUCAGAGCAAGUUGUUACAAAUGUGGUUACAGUUCCUCUAACAACAAAAGAACUGCGACCAUCCACAGUUAGUCCUCAAAUAGUGGGUCCUCAGACUGUCGUUGACACCAGCGAAUCUGUCAUAACUAAAACAGAAUAUAACACGAUAACUUUCUACGCUACAUUAUUUUCAGACACCAGCUCAUUUGUGACACCAAUUCAAGAAGUAGAAACUAACGUUAAGACAAUAACUGAGACGUAUACUAUUACUAGGACCAUAGAUCCUUCUUCAACAUCUUCACUAUUACCAACGACAUCGAAGUUUACUGAUUCUUUACUUACUGAUCCAUCAGUAGUUGUAACACAAACACUUUAUACAACAUUUACGAACUUCGUUACUUUGUUCCAAGGCAGCGAGACUGUUGUUACAAACCUGGAAGAAACAGUUUCAAAUGUUGUUACCCUCACAGUACCUGCACAUGCUGCUUCUUCCUUCACAGUAUCAUCAACACCAUCUGUCGAAAGCAAAUUUUAUGAUUACGUCAGUACACCAAGUUUGCCCUUGUACACUACAAAAGAAGUACUCAGUACGCAGACUCACUACUUGACAUUGUUUAACAAUGAUGAAAGUAUUUUGUCAUCCAUUAUAGAAGUGGUAACAAGCUACGUUACUGAACCUAUAACAUCAACAACAACACCUUCAUUUAUUUACGAAAAUUACAACACUGUUUCUCCAGCAGUAUCAGUCCCUGUGAGUUCCGCCACUUUCUCCACUGAAUCAUAUAAACCCUAUGAUGAAAUCUUCGAAACAACCUCAGAAGUUCAAACUUAUCAUCCAGAGCUUGUGCCAUCAAUUAGAACCAUUUAUUCUACAUUGACAUUCUAUACAACCUAUUACAGGGAUACAAGUUCAAUAGUUGCUAGUCAGGAAGAAAUUUUAACGAGCUUUAUAACUCUAUUUGUUCCACCAUCUCUCGUAACGACAACAGCAACAGCGUUCGUGAAAACAGAAACACCCCAACCUACAUCAACAAUAGAUCCAUCUGUGUUUGUUUUUACUACAACAGAUUAUUCAACGCUUACAUUGUAUACAACUUUAUUCAGCGGUGAUGAAAUUGUUGUUAUAUCAAGUGAGCAUGUUGUACCUGAGAUUAUAACCGCCACAAUUACGCCAUCUUCCAUUGCACCCACAGAAACAACCACCACAGACGAAUCAAUUUUGACAUUCCUGACUACAUUUACGUAUUAUACAACUUAUUUCAGUGGUACAGAUCCUGUUAUUGCUUCCAGUGAAAGCGUAGUCACUCAGUUUGUUACAAUUGAAGCGCCAUCUACAUCAUUAUUAGAAACAAUAGAAUCAACGCCAGUAGAUGAAACCAUUUUAGGAGUUUCAACUGUAAGUGGAAGCGAAAUAGUCAGUAGCUUAAAAGAGGAUCUAAGUGAUAUUCAAAUUAUUGGCGUAUCUAGCGUAAUUGCUACAGCUGUGGCAUCGGCAGUUGAAACUAAAAUAGAAGUAGCCAGUGAAGUUCACUCAGAAAUUGGACCGACGUCAUUAUCAACUCCAUCUUUAUCUUCGAAAACGGAGGAUGUUAUAAGCAGUAUUUAUGUUCUUAGCUCAUCAAUGAAGGAAGAUGCGGUUGAAUUGAAACUAUCUACAUCGACUGAUUCGUUGUUACCCUCCGUAGAAGGAAGUGAGUCAGAAAAUGUUCUCCUACCCGUUACGUCAACAAGUUUGGUUACCGAAGAAACAGAAGUGAUCGGAAUUAAUGGUCAAAUAACAAAAUUAGUCCCCAGUGACACACUAGUUGUGGUAACUGGAACAGAUGGUUUUGUAACAAAAAUACCAGAAAUAGAUGCCGUUGCGCUUUCCCCAAUAUAUACACCAAAAAUAGAAGAGCAUACUGAAACUACAAGUUCGGAAAUUAAACCAGCAACUGUCAUUGAAUUAUCGGAUUUACUAGGUGGAAAUACCGCUUUAGGUGGUGACUUUGGUUUAACUAUACAAGAUAUUGUCAGUCGAAUUACUGGCAAGAAAAAUAAAACAGAUUCAGAAUCUCUGACUACAGAAACCACAACAUCGGAAUCAACAACAGAAAAUCAGAAACAGACGGAGUCUACAACUGAAAGCUCUAAUACUACACCAGAAAAAUCGUUGCUUGAAAACAUAACAGAAGUUGGUACUACUUUAGAAGGGGAAUUUAGAGACUCAGACUAUCCUGUUUUUGUUCUCCCUGGACAACCUGAAAAUGAAACUGAUACAAGUACUACAGAAGUACUUGCACCGGUUUAUGUACCACCAACUAAGCAUACUGAUAAAGAGUCUUCUGAAGUCAUGGAGUCUUCAAGCGACACAACUGCAAGUCAGAGCAAGAAAACAGCAACAGACAAAUCCCUUGUGGUAUCAACUAGCGUGAUAACAGGUGCCAGAACUGUUUUCAUUUUACCAACCAAAACAUCUACAACUGAGUCAACAAAAAGCAGUUCUAGAGAUACUGCAUCUGAAAUUAUUGAAGCAAGAAUACCAAAUAUUGAACCAAUGUCGGAAACUGAAAUAGAAUCAUCUAUGUCAUCCGAGAAAAGUACUAUCCGAGAAACUCCAACUUUAAAACCAAGUAUUGGAACAAGCAUUGUAAGCGGUAUCAGGACAGUAUUUUUUGGAUCUUCUGGUGAUAAAGAUGCCUCUUCAAAAUCUACUACUAAUUCAAUAACUGGACGUGUUAACUCACUUGCAAACAAACCUAAACCGUUUACAACCGUGACCAAAGAUGGACAAACAGUAGUAAGUCGAACAACUUCUGGCGCUACAACAAUAUUUUUCCCUGGUAAUGUUCCAAAAUAUACCGUAAAUCCCAUAUCAACAAGGUAUGUUACUAGCAUUGAAAGUAUUACGCGAACACUCGCAUUAACAACAACGAGAACUUAUUACACCAGGGACUCGACUCUUACUGUACCUUCUGUGUAUACCACAACCAUUCCCCCUCGGACUUUUGUAUCAACUAUAAUCGGCUCAAGAACUAUUCUAGGCAUUCUUCCAGAGCCAUCAGAAACCGUUCAAAUUCACAGAACAAUUCAACCAUCAGAGCACACCACAACUGUUACUACCACAACUUUAAUCUUCAAUUCCAUACCUUCUACCGUCAUCAGGACAUUAGUUCUACCAACAAACGCAGCAACCAAAUCCUCCACAUCAGAAAGUCAUUCUUCCUCUCAAUCUCUUCCCGAAUCCGAUGUUUUCAGUGCUGGCACAGAAACACCGGCGAAACCUCCUGAAGUUGGAGACAGUACUGUAGGUAUUAGCGAAGAGAACGACUUAAUAGUUUCGAAAGGUCCUCAAAAAUCUAGAGACGAAUCUUAUUUGAGAGCCGCUGGUCCCAGACUUCACGAUUACCGUCCAGAUGUCAUUCUUGAAGAACCGGCCCAUCGUCCACCAAUAGUUGUUACAGAGAGUAGCAAGCCUGAAGAUGACCCUUUCUUAAAUGGUAGAAAUGGCGUUUGUGAUCCAAAAUGCCAACCAUAUAAAAAAGAAGUUUGCAAGGAAGAAAAUGGAUUUUGGUCUUGUCAGUGCCGUCCAGGACAUGCAAGAAGAAAUGAUCACGAAAUUUGUAAAGAAAUUCAAACGUUUGUAGUUCUUCUGAAAGUUGUAAAAAUGGGCAAUGAGAGUAUUCAAUACAGUAAUUCCCUAGCAGAUAACGGAAGUCCUGAAUAUAAGGAGUUUGUCAGGAGUGCUAUAGAUGGAAUUGCUGAUGCAUACAGUAUAACUAAUGUAAGAGAUCACGUGUUGGAUGCUGAAGUCAAUGGAAUCCUUCCAGUAGAUGUAAUGGAGCCGAACAGUUUUACAACUGUGCCGACCAUUCAGAACAGAGGAGAUGGCGUCAUUGUCAAUUUCACACUUCAAGUGAGCAAAAGUGUGAGUGGUGAUCUGCUGGAACAAGAAUUAACUCGAGCUUUGCAAACCUCAUCGAUGAGAGUUGGUGAUUCCUCACUUUUGGCCGCGCCAUUAUCGCAAAACGUGCAAGAAAACCGAAAACUGUAACUUCUGUCACGGCAGAGGAGAUUGUUUGCGUGAUGACGAAGACAGAACAUUUUGCAGAUGUCAGCCUAUGUUUGUCGGCCGCCGCUGUGAAAUCAAUGGCCUUGUCUUAGCUAUUGCACUGCCUACUGCUGUAGCCCUUGUAGCUGUUUUGUUGUGUUUCGUACUGUGUUGCUGCCGAAAAUGCAAGAAGAAAUCUUCCACAAACAAUACCGAUCCUAGUAGCGUAUUCAGAGGAAUCGCUCUCAAGGGUCCAGUUGGUGGAACACUGGACAGGAAGGCCAUGAUUGAUACAUCUAGUGAAAGCAGUGGUGAACACGGCCGGAAAGGAAUUCCUUUCGAGGGAUAUCAGGAAAGUGGUGACGUCACUCCUUACAAAGGUAGCAAAAGAAGUGACCUCAGUUUAAAUAGGAGUUUAUCUACUGGAUAUACAUCUCCACCAGUCAUGAUACCUAGAGCUCGUCAACCUCCACAGACGCCUGGCGGAAAACCUAUGAACUAUACUGUGUAUGAUGGUCAAGUGUACGUUUGGUAAAUACAAUGGACGCAGGGCGUCAAAUACACGCAAUCAAACUGUUCUUCUUAUUGGUCAGUGCCACAAAAUUGGGCCGUUUGACCAUUUGUGCCACAUACUUUUAGUGACAAUGUAGGAAUGCGCAAAGAAAAAAACUCGAAAUAACGUUAAACACCUCAAAAAGUGCAAAGAGUUUAUAUUUACAAAAAGCCUCAUGUUGUUUGAGGUUUUUUAUCUUUGUGUGCUAAUGACUAAGAGUUGUUGCAUAAAGCGAAUAUGCAAUGAUGCCAAUCCGUGCAGAAACUAUCGAAUUUUUACAUCUUUGAGAUGAAUGAUUGAUAAUCUCUCACGGACAAUUUGUUGCCAAACGCAAAACUGAAACUAUUUUUACAAAUUACUGUGCUAACGAUGUCACAAUCAACAGGAUGCAUGAGGACACCUCAGGACAAUACCUCAUGACAAUGAUGUCUGCUAUAUGUCCCCAAAUUGUCCAUGAAACAAACUCUAGUGCUAACAGAAAACUGCAUUUUUCUUGCCUUAAAUAUAACGCCAACUAAAAUUGAGAUUGAUUAAAUUAUUUUUUUAAAUUUGUAUCGCAUAUUUAUUCUGGAUGUUCUAAUUUGUUUUAAAUUCUUUUACAUUAAUCAAAGUAUUGUCUGCAAAGAGCUGUUUAAUAUAAUUUAUUUUCCUUUGAUAUUUGAGGCUAUUGAUUCACGUAUAUUAUAAUCGAUAAAAAGACAUUUGGCAAUCAAACACCGGUUCACAUUAGCAAUGAUAAGUUUUGUCAAUAAAACUAAGUAAGUGUAACGUCAGAUUCGAAAACUUACUGAAAUAUUUCUCUGAGACUGACGUCAUUCUUAUCAAGUUUUAAUAGACAUAACUUAACGUCAGGUCCAAGUAUUGAACCAUAAAUGACAAUUAUAAAAUAGCACUCCGUUUAAUCAAUACGCUUUUAUUUAUAAUUUACGAGCAAUGUUUAAUAAUUUUGUACAAAGAUUUGCAUGAAUGUGUUUGCUAUUAUGUAUUUUUUUUUAAAAAAGUGGACUUUGUGAAAAUGGCGUUUAAAAAAAACAUUUGUAUUAUAACAUUUUAGGAGAUUUGUAUAGGAGCUAACACUAUCAGGUCGUCUUUGUAACAAAGUGCUCAAUAAAGUUUUUGUUGUAUGA